UGGUGUUUAGGAUAGCAGCAGCAGCAGCAUCCUCUUCCGAAUCCUCAUUACUAGAGUAUCAUAGUAAAUUGCCAUAACCGAGUAUAGUUGGAUUACUAUGUUAAGGUGUUAACUUGCUGGAGGCAAAUUAGGAACGUUUUAAGAACUCCAAUCCUUGUGAAGGUGGUUUGAGAAACAGCACAUCAGGCCGUAGUACCUUCUUGCAAAAUACGGGCUGCAUACGCAUUUCGGAUAACAUCGUUUGAACACGGAUGAAAACGCAGUCAGUGCGCAGUAAACCGGAGUGUGAACACAACCUGAGUACAGCAAUCUCAAAAAACCAGCCUGACGCUUUCGUCAUUACGGCCUUCCUUCGGGUUUAUUCAGGCGCCUGCUGCCCUCUACCGUCCCCAGUUGCCCAUGGCACGUUGUCCUGCCCACGCUUGCCCGGGCCCGGCUCCUCCUCGCCCCUCGAGGAUUGGCCGCGGCUCUUCUGGCUCUGAUCUGCGCUGUCAGUCACGCGCUUCUCGGCUCUUCCUGGUGGCGGCUGUAGGGGCGUGAGCGGCGGCGGCGGCGCAGGUGAGGAAGCGAUUGAUCGCCUGGCCGGGGCGGGUCUGUUUGGAGCGAUCGGAGGCGGCGGCGGCGGCCGGGGUUGCGGUGGGACGGGGGUUGUAGCAAUGAAAGCCAAUGGAGAGGUGGAUUAGACGAGAAGGAAGAGCUGGCGUGGGAGAGGGGACGGCGGAGGAAGCCUGGCGAGCAAACACCAUAACCGAUUCUUCGGCGCGCGGUCCUUUUCUCUCUCUUAGGUUCGGGAGAAAGGAAGAUGGAUCCCUAACUGGGGCCGUGACAGUUCCCGGAGCGGUUGUCGUGGGCCUCCGGGAGUGCUGGAGGGGUAAGCUGUGUGGCGCUCUUGCUUGGAGUCGGAGAAAGGGGUUUAAAUUUGCUGGGCAAGGCUUGGCCCUCCCCGGAUUUUGGCCCCAGUUGCCAAGUGACGCUGCUGGGAUUGCGCUCUCGUUGCGAAUCGCUGCGCCGCGUCCCUGCGUAAUUAUGCAACCUAAUCCUCUGUGCUGCUGCAUGUUUUUACUCGGUUGCAUGCGCUACGGAAUUAAGGGGGGCUUGUUGCCGAAUAGAAAGGCGCACAGCGCGGGACUGCAGCCUUGGAGCCUGAUUCUGAGCAUGCCUACUCGGGAGGAAGUUGUUUGUUAAACUGAGGUUGCUUCUUUGCGUGUAGGAUUGCAGCCUGAGAGCACUGGGAAGCUGGACGUGAGCUGGGGUGGAAGGAAGGCUGGCUGUAGGGGUGCCGUUUCUGAAAUGAACUUCGAUGGGAAUCAACUAGCUAGCUAGCUGCACGCUGGUGAAUGCAGAUUUAAAGCCCAGGCCUGCCAUAGUUCAGGGCAGGCUAAUGAACCUGUGCUCUUGAGAGUGUAGUGGAGUCCUUUAGUGCCAACAGUUUAGUUCCUUUGGGAAGCAGGGCCUUGUUGCUCUUUGGAUAUACUGUUGAGGGACCUUCUACAGUCCAAGGGCCAUAUUCCCUCCUAGGGAACCUCCUAGGGAUGCCAGUGGCGGGUGAGAGCAUAUAUAAAAUAUAUAUUUGCACAGUAGGCUUGUUUCUGCGCUGCACACACUCUCACUCACAUCCUUCUGGUUUCCCCAAUCCAGACAAGCAAGAAGCAUUAUCAAAAUUCCAUGAAGUGUGUGUGGGAGGGCGUUAUUGGGGUGUUUUAUUUUUGUUACCAUGGUAUGUAUUUGUGUGUGUUUAUAUUGUAAACUGUCCUGUGAUCCUUGGAUGAAGGGUGGUGUAGAAAUUUAAUAAAUAAGUAAACAAACAAACGAAUAAUAUUUUGUCACACUCGAGGAGAGUGCAAAGAAGGGCUGGGGAAGGUUUCAGCUUGAGGAUUAUUAUUAAAUCAGCCUGCGAAUUGUAGCUUUGUAAGGGGACUAGGGGUCUCCUAACAACUCUCUCCGCACUCUUAUCAAAUGGCAGUACCCAGGGUUCUUUGGGGGGUACCAUGGCUGUUUAAAGUGGUAUGAUAAUGUUUUAAAUGCAUAGUGCAGAUGGGGCCAUAGUGAACUAACAAUUCCCCCUGGGGAGUGAGUAGCUUUCCAGACAUACGUUUCUCAAGCCACUCUGCAGCACACUGGUAUACGUGCAGGUCGGCUGGCUUGCAAGUUUUUGACCUCUGAUAAGCCUUAUAGAGUUAUCUGCAAUAUUUUACUUGGGCGAUAGCACGUUACCCCUUCCCUAGUUUUAAUCUCGUUGUUGCACAACUGCCUGGUGUUGAUAAGGAGAAAUGAUCAUCAGCACCAACAUUUGAUGUGAUGACAUUUCCCUCGUAAAAAUGUACUUGGGCUGGCAGGCUAGGACUUGGGUGACCAGAUUUCAAACCUCCACUCAGCCAUGAAGUUUACUGAAUUGGGCCAGUCAGUCCCCAGCCUACCCUACCUCACAGGGUUGUUGUGAUGAUAAUAUGGAGGGCGGAGGAGAGGCAUGUAUGAGCUCCUUGGGGGGAAAGGUGGGAUAUAAAUGGAGCAGCAAUCAUCAUCAUCCUCAUCCUCUUGAGAACUUACUCCAAAGUACCUUGCUGCCCAUCCUAAAGCUUGAGGAAAUGUGAGGAGACUGGGGUGGAAACUGUUUGAUCAAAGGACUUGUGCCCCUUGGGGGAGGGGCUCCACAUAGAACUUAUGCCAAACGGCUUACUGUAUCUCAUGGCUUGAACCAAGUCAAAGCUAGGUCGAGGCCAUGUCUCAGGAUUAGACCCAUAUUUCACUUGCAUUUAGGAUGAACUAGUUUUGGGGAAACGGCAUUCUCCUUGCGGUGUCUGAGGAUCCCUAAGAUACGAACUGGUUCCUUCUGCAGAUGAAAAUCAAAAUGAUGAAAGGGGAGUCCUCCGAAAGCUUCUGAACAGGUUGUCUUGACACUGUGUAUUCUCUGGAAAUAUUAGGAACCUAGGAAGUGGCUUUAUACUGAAUCAGGACUUUGGCCCAUCCAGUUUAGUAUUGUCUUACCCUGGCUGGUGGUGGUCCUCCAUGGCUUCAAACGGAUGUCCCCAGAAAUGCCGGGGAUCGAACCUGGAACCAUCUGUGUGCAAACCAUGGGCCCUCCCCCUAAGCUUUUCUUAAGGCACAGCUGCCCUGCUCUCUUGGCAACAGGUCUGUAAGUGGUGACCUUCUGCUUAGCCAGUAGCACCUCUGACUGUGCCAGUAGUGUAGAUUUUGAGGGCCAAUAGAUGUGCCCUUAAACACACAACUUGUUCCUCCCCCCCCCCCAAUUAAUUACAGGGCUUGGGGAGCCUCAUUAUCACUCUGAAGGGAGACUUCACUCCUGCACUAAGAGCUCAUUGCCUACUAGGGGUGUACCUAGGGUUGGGUUGGGUUGGCCCCUGCCAAGGGCAUAGGCCCAGGGGGUGGCAAAAAGCACUAGGUAAGGUGGAGAGAGCCAGUGAUUGCCAAGGGUGCAAGGGACUGGGAGUGUGUGUGAUACAGCUCCUUGCUAAGGGUGCAAGGAAGUCUAGGUGCGUCUCCACCUCCAUUGUUCUGCCUGGACACUGAGGUCCAGCGCCGAGGGCCUUCUGACGGUUCCCUCGCUGCGAGAAGCCAAGUUACAGGGAACCAGGCAGAGGGCCUUCUCGGUAGUGUCACCCGCCCUGUGGAAUUCCUUCCCACCAGAUGUCAAAGAGAAAAAUAACUACCAAAUUUUUAGAAGACAUCUGAAGGCAGCCCUGUUUAGGGAAGCUUUUAAUGCUUAAUAGGUUAUUGUAUUUUAGUGUUCUGUUGGAAGCUGCCCAGAGUGGCUGGGGAAACCCAGCCAGAUGGGUGGAGUAUAAAUAAUAAAUUUAUUAUUAUUAUUAUUAUUAUUAUUAUUAUUACUACUACUACUACUACUACUACUGGGUAUGCCUCUGUUCCCUACAGACCCUCUUAGGUGCUGAGAUUAGCAGAGGGUGCCCUCUUGGUCGUUCCUCCACCAUCAGAGGCGUGGGGGUGGUGGCAGCAGCUCAGGAGAGGGCAUUCUGUGUGGUGGCCCUGAAGCUGUGGAACUCCUCUUUGCAGAAGUCCCCUUGGCACCAUCCUUGUACAGCUUCCAGAGGGUGCUGAAAGACGUGCCUCUUUACUUUGGCUUUUGACACUUUAGUUAUAUCUUUUUAGGACCCAACUUAUAUUUGUGAUUGUGAGUUGUUUUAAGCAGUGUUUAAUAUUGUGAUUUAAUGUUGCAACCCACCCCGGGCCCUUAGGGUGGGUAAAUAACAAUAACAGUAACAAUAAUAGUUUGUAAGUCACUUUGGGUUGCACUGGGCAAGAUAAAGCACGUAACAACUUUAUUUAAAUUAUAAUUAUUAAUAAUGGGGUUCCCUCCCCUCCCCUCCCUGGAUUAGGAGGGCCCCUUUUUGCUUAAAAAAGAUGGUGUAUAGACUUUUUGGUUUGGACUGGUGGAUAGAGCAUAUUAAGAUGACUGAAGUGGGAGUUAUGCUCUGUAUACAUUGCAGGGAGGUGCAGGUGGUGCUCUCCCUUUUCUCCUGCCCGCCCCCACUGGCAAAACGAGCCAAACAUGGCUGAAUGGGCAAAACUUCCAGUCCUGUACUGCUGUGUUUGCAGUGUUCUUGUCCUUCCUUUCCAUUGGAGCAGCUUCUUUCCCAUCAAACUGCCUUGGGGCAAACAGCAUUGCUUAACAGAGCAGUAGCAAAGAACCUCCUCACUUGCCUUUUAAUUCUUUAUCUUGCUUCAGACACUGUGGAUCCAUGCCUCGAGGCUAAAUACCACUUAAAAGGGUUUUAUUCACCCCCACUGUAGUACCGAAUCUAAUGCGAAGGGGGGCGGGAACAUGUGACUGGCUUGUGACUUAAUGUACCGCCUCAUGCGCAGUUGUUGUUUUUUUUUUGUGGGGGGAGAAGGAGAAGAGAGGAUCAUGGCUGCUUGAAUAAUGUGUUUUAAUCUUUUGACUGUUUGUUUUUGUGAUUGCCAGGCAGACUGUCCGAUGAAGACGGAAGCUGCUUUGCUGUUCCCCCUUGAGCUACAGCUUCCUAUGCCAUGAGUAACACCACUAUGCCCACCUCUGCUGGGCCGCCCAACGACUCCUUGGUGGGCUAUGUUCUGGUGCCAUUUUUUCUUAUCACUGUCGUCGGAGUCAUCGUAGCUGUGGUGAGUUGUCUUGAAUUCAACCAGAUGAGCUCCAAAUGCUACACAUUUAUUUAUUGGGUUACUAAUACAGUCAUUAAAAAUAAUCUAAUAAACUCCUUCCUUCCUUCCUUCCCUCCUUCCUUCUUUCUUUUCUUUUCUUUUCUUUUCUUUUCUUUUCUUUUCUUUUCUUUUCUUUUCUUUUCUUUUCCUUUCUCCUCCUCUUCCUCCUCCUUCUUAAUUUCCUUUAUUAGUGGAUAGUUCAGUCGGUUAGAGCAUGGUGCUGAUAACAUCAACAAUGCAGGUUCGAUCCCCAUAUGGGACAGUUGUAUAUUCCUGCAUUGCAGAGGGCUGGACUAGAUUAUUCCCAGGGUCCCUUCCAACUCUACAAUUCUAUGAUUCUAUACUGAAAGAAAAAGGUCUCUAAGUGACUUACAGAAAGGUUAAAAGCCAAAAUGGCUUAACUUCAUUAGAACUUUUCAGACAACCUAGAAACAAACCCAGCAGGAAAACUUCAAAAACAGCAGCAGCCAGAACAUUUCAUCCGAUAGGCCAUCAACAAGCUUGUCAUAAAUUGUCCAAAUGCCGGGGAGAUGAAAUAAGUUUUAAUCUGGUGCUGAGGUGGAUGGUGCCACCACUGGGAAGAGCAUUCCACAGAAGGGGAGCCACCACCCAAAGCCCUUCUGUCUUGUUGCCACCCUCUGAACAUCUCUCAAAGAUGGCACCCAGAUGAGGACCUUUUGGAGAAAGGUUCCUAUUGGGAGAGGUCCUCUAAAAGACAUUGGGGUCCUAAUCAUAACCAGUACAGUGGUACCUCGGGUUAAGUACUUAAUUCAUCCUGGAGGUCCGUACUUAACCUGAAACUGUUCUUAACCUGAAGCACCACUUUAGCUAAUGGGGCCUCCUGCUGCCGCCGUGCCACCGGAACACGAUUUCUGUUCUCAUCCUGAAGCAAAGUUCUUAACCUGAGGUACUAUUUCUGGGUUAGCGGAGUCUAACCUGAAGCGUAUGUAAGCUGAAGCAUAUGUAACCCGAGGUACCACUGUACUUUGAAUUGAGCCAGCAAACAGAAUAGUACAUAAGUUAUAUAAACCAAAUCAUACUUUGAAACAUCAACAGUAGCAAAACACACUGAUCUAGUGGGGCAGCUUUGCCCAUCUUUACCAGCAACAAGUUAAGCAGAGGCUUAGGUUUAAAAAUGUUUUUUUAUUACAGCAAUGGAAUACAUGGAGCUGCCCCAUCCCCCCCCCCCCCCCGCAAGUAUAAAUCCCUGAGCAAAUCUCUUGUAAAAGUAGCUGGUUCAAAUCAAGCAGUUGGGCAGCUGGCUGUUGUCUCGGUAUUUGGUUCUGGCUGCAGCUGCGCUUCCGUUUCUUACCAGCGGUGUUGCCAAAUUGGUCUCAGAAUCUGUUGAGCCUCAUCUGGAAUUAGCAUGACAUCUGGUGAGGUGCAUGAGUGGGUGCAGUGAGGAGCGCUUGGUCUGUUUGGAUGAUGCUUUGCUUGUUCUGUGGUGAGAGGAACAUUUGACCGGUUGUAGAGCCCCAUAAAGGGAGAUGGGUGAAUGGGGAAGCUCGGUCAUUCACUGUGUCCUGCUGAGCCUUGCCACCUUUUCUGCCUUCUCACUUCUGCAUUAUAAAGUUGCACCUUCUUUCCAAACCAUUUCCCCUUCCUGUUGAGCUAGAAGGCAGCCAAACUCCCCUGCCCUGCACUACAAUAACCUUUGGUUUUUACUUAACCCUACUGUAAUCAGCGGGCCGCUUAGCAGAAGUGGGCAGAAGGUAGAGCUAGAUCUCCGGAUAGAUCUCUGGGGGAAUCUGAAUUAGAUUGGCAUGGGUUUGCAAUUCCCAGCUGCUUAGUAAUAGCAACAACAAAAUGGCUUUUCCUACCUAGGUUAGGCUGCUGAAAUGAAGAAUGCUAACCAGUGUGGAAGAACAGUGAGCUCAGUUCAGUUCUGAAAAAUAGAAGGCUGGUUUUGGAAUGUGCUUAGAGGCCCACUGAAUUCAAACGUCACCUUUUGCAGCAGGCUCUGGUUGCAAAUUAGAUCCAGCAAUUAGUUUAUUAAGCCAGGUCUAGAUAAAGUUCAUGUACUCAUUUAACUGGGCACCUGAAAUUAGAUACUGCUGUAUAAGGGUUGUUUUCAGUGACGUAAUUUGUAGCUGGGUGUAGGUACCUUGAGUUAAACUACAUAAUUGCUGAUCUGGUUUUGAAGGAUGCACUUCCUUUCAUUUUAAGUUUGUCUUAAGAAUAUAGAAGGAGUAAAGGGGAAAGGACUGGGCCCCUGUUUUGAAGUAUUUUAGAGGCAGAAGCUCAACAUGAGUCUGUCUUUCAUAAUUUACAGGGCAUACAUAUUAUUUAUUUACUUAUUUGAAGUGUUUUCAUCCAUAUGGGCUGCAGCUUAGCGGCAGGUCCCAGGUUUGAUUCCUUUCAUCUCCAGGUAGGGCUGGGAGAAGCCCUUUUCUGAAACCCCGAAGAGUUGCUGCCAGUCUGUGUCAGGCAGUACUGAGCUAGAUGAACCCAAUGGUCUGGCUCUGUCAAAGGCAGCUUCCUAUGUUUCUGCUCUUCAGCCAAAAAAGGCUCCCAGAGUAAAUUGCAAAUUUCAGUAAGACAUUCCCUGCCCUCAGGCGUACCAUGAUAAUCAUCAUCAUCAUUUAUUUGUACAAUCUAAAAGACUCAUAACACAAGAAAAGCACUAUUGGGAGAGAGGAGGAAUAAAGCACUUGAGUACAACUCUUGAAAAUCUUGAUUCUUUCCCUGCCUCAAGUGGAGGGAAUUUGAAAUAUUUUCCUGUUCUAUGUUAAACAGGAGCCAGAUGGGUGGGGAAUAAAUAAUAAUUAUUAUUGGACAAACCCACCAUUUUAAUGUGUUAAAUCUGGCCCUUGUGACCGCAAUUUCCCUUAAGGAUGCCCAGAAGCUGUGGACUUAAAAUAAGCAGUUUCUUCUUUGGCCUUUGCCUCGCCUAAAAAAUGGAUAAUGGGAUGGGACUUUGGGCUUAUUCGUACUUCCACUUGUGACGUGCCUAGGGGGAGCAGUUUCCCCCUUGCCCCGCUCCUUUCCAAGGGAAAACCCGCUCUUUAGUGAUAGUCCAGAACAAACAGCAAUCUGAGGAAAACCCAAAUUGCCAUUUGCGCCAAUUAAGUGCUGCAGAGCGGUUUUCCUCAGGGGAGACAAGUGUGGAAAGGGCUAAUGGGGAGUGCAGUGUGCUUUGCGAAGCUCCCUCCUUGAGAAGGGGUAUGAAAAUAUUUUAAAUAAAUAAAUAGAUACUGUCAUGGAGCGGCUUCUCUUGAUAUCUUUGUUGUCAUCCAAUACUGAGAGCCAGGGGUUCUCAUACUGCAGCCUGCUAUCGUGUGACAUUGCCAUUGUCAGGUUUGCUUCUUGUCCGCGGACGGGUAUAGGAAAUGCUUCUCCUGCUGCUGGCGUCUGUUGCCCUGUUAAUCCUUUUCUUUCUUGUUCCAUGCUUCAUUCCUCGAAAGGAGAAAUAAUCCGUAGACGCUCUGUAUGCUUCUCUCAUGGCUGUUUCUCUUUUCACAUUGCAGAUGAUGUACAUUCAGAAGAAGAGAAGGUAAGGGGCUUGUGCUGGGUGACCAAUUAGUUCUCAUUGGAAAUGGGGAGUUUGGGGUCAUGUGGCUCUUCAGAACCAACUUUUCUUUUCUUGCUCAAGAAAACGGCUUUUGUCUCUGUUUGAGAACACAGGAGCUUUUGUGUGCAUGGCUAUUAGCUGUAUAUUUAGCUGGUUCUACAUAUGAUAAGUCAGUUUCUAUGCUUUGGGCAGUUUAUGGGAUUAUUUGAGAUAGACUCAUGCUGAUUAUUUGUGUGGGGAUUAAUAGUAUUUUAACUAUUGCAUGCCCCUUCCUUUUCUACCUGGGGGGAAAUGGUUUCUGGGAAUAGGGGUGGCUUUCAGUGCAGGGAAACACUUUGCCCGCAAACUAAUCUAUCCACCCUAAUUUUGUAUUUGCUCUUGUACAAAAGCCAGUCGCCACAUAGGGCAGUGGGAAAGUGGUAUCAUUUCUUUCUGCUGAUCUGUCUCUCAGGUAUGACCGGUUACGCCAUCACUUGCUGCCGAUGUAUAGCUAUGAUCCUGCAGAGGAGCUCCAUGAGGCCGAGCAGGAACUUCUGGUGGAGCCAGAAGACACAAAGGUGAGCUUACUUGGGACCUACAGAAUCAUAAAAUUGUAGACUUGGAAGGGUACCCAAAGGCCAUCUCAUCCAAGCCCCUGCAGGGCAGGAAAAAGUCUGAUCCUCUAUCAACUGAGCUACCCAGGCUCGAUUUCAAAUUUUCAAGAACUACAGUGGUACCUCAGGUUACAGACACUUCAGGUUACAGACACUUCAGGUUACAGACUCCGCUAACCCAGAAAUAGUACCUCGGGUUAAGAACUUUGAUUCAGGAUGAGAACAGAAAUCGUGCAGCGGCAGCGCGGCAGCAGCGGGAGGCCCCAUUAGCUAAAGUGGUGCUUCAGGGUAAGAACAGUUUCAGGUUAAGAAUGGACCUCCAGAUACGAGAGACUUAGCACAUACCUCUGUAAAUCAAGAAAAUCUUUAAUAAAAAUAAUUUUUUAAAAAAAAGAACGGACCUCCAGAACAAAUUAAGUUCUUAACCCAAGGUGCCACUGUAAUAUGAUUAAUUAAUUGCAGGCCCAUGCAAAAUACCCUUACCUCUCAAACCAUCCAUUCUUUGGGGCAUUUCUCUCUCUCCACUCGCAUACCAACCAUCCAUUAAUGCACCCACCCAGCUCUCUUCCUGCAUUUCUUUCCUUUUCUGCAUCUCGGGAGAGACAAGGUGUUUUCCGCCAAACAAAAUGGCACGGUGCAAAAGGGGGAAUAGACCUGUGCAGCAAAUUUGUUAGGCAGAUUAGAGGGCAAGGCCUUUGGAAUAAGGACCUCGGGAUCCUUUCUGAAAUGGGUUCACAUAACUCUGUCGGGAAUUUCUUGGCCCUGGGCAAGGAAGUAUUUUGCAAGCGUGAAUCCAGUGGGAUCCAUGCUUACAAAGCGCACACUCUUCAAGUGGGGAGGAGGGUGCCUCUCCCAGGCAGGAAAGCCAUGGGUGGAGCCUGCCAGAGAUACCAAGGGCUGUAUAGCAUGCAGCUGAGAGUUGCCCCACACCUGGUGUAAGAUGCAUGUGUUUCUUAACUUUGUGGUUUUGUGCUUUGGAUGUGGAUUGGUUCCAAGGCAUAUAAGCACUACAUUUUAAAGCAAUCUUUCACUGGAUUGGCUCUCUUUGGUGUUCUUCUUCUAUAGAUCAAAGAUGACCAAUAGAAAAAAAUAGUGGCUGCACCCAUUUUUAGUGUUUUAGUACAUUAGAGCUGGGGUAGACAUCUUUUGCGUGUCAAGGACCGCAUUUGCACAGGGUUUUUGAAAAUGUCCCCAAGUCUUUCCAUCUUCAGCCUCUUAUGUGAAAAACAGCAAUGGGGAGGGGGUAGCAUUUAGAAAAAUGAGAUGCUUAGUUCUCUGGCAUUUCCAGCUUACUGUUUGUCAGUUUCUGGAAGUUUCAUGACCAUUGCAUUAAGCCAUUGGAAUGCCACAGACAAGCACUACAGCCGAGUUACCAUUUAAAGGGUGUGGUCAAAGCCUAAAAGCAGCCAGGCAUAUUUUUAAUAAUGCUAACCAAUAUGGAGUUUUGCUGAAAAUUGGGUCAGUGACCCAAGCAAUACAUAAUUUGUGCAGGGAUUCUUCUAGCAAAGAAAUGUCUACAGCUUUUAUGAGUAAUCAGUAUCUGUGUCAUUGUGUUAAUAGUGAGCUUGGUUUUAAGUUCAUCUGCCCCUUUUCAUAGUUACAUAAUGAAGACCGCAACCUGCUAACAGAAGCAUGAAAAUGCUUUAACCCUACUGUGGCUUGGGGGGGGGGGAGGAAUCUCAGGUUCUUGAUCAUUUGGGAAUUUUACUGCUUGUUCAACUGUGUGCAGGGCCUGGGGCACGUGCCUAGGACCCAGAAGCAUUUUUGAAGCCAUGGUGUCAUUGCCUUUUUUUAAUGAGCAAAACUUAACACGUCUGCAGAGUUUUGCUAGCUGAAUGCAUUUUGGAAGAUAGAUGCAAUACAGGCAACUGUGCGGUUGGCGUGCAUGGUGCAAGCUCUCUUCCUGCUAACGUUCCACCCACAGAAUAAAAAAUGGAAGUUCAGUUUCCAUUGGUCUAACCACCACUUCUACCAGCAGAAGCCAUGUUGUGUCUAGAGCUAGUUAUGUAAGGUGUCCCAUAAUAGAGAUGUUCAGCAGAAAUUUAAUUAGUGCGCUGGUAGAAUCAAUUCUCGUACUCAUUUUGGUAAAUGUCAAUUGCCUUUUUACUUUGAGCAGUGAACUCGCAGUGUGUCUGCUUUCUCUUUUCUGGCUCUGGCAUGAUGCAGGAGAUUUCCAGUCAAUCAGCUGAUUUGGCUCAAAACUGUGCAAGGAGAAAAACAAUCCCUUUGAAACAGAAACUGCCAGCUGAUUGCUCUCAGUUGCAAAUAUAAGACUGCUCUGUUGUGGGAAGUGUUUAUUCUGAGAAAAUGAGACGAUUGCUGAUGAAGGUAUGAUGGAUGUACUUGAUCGGGUGGAUGCAAUGAAAGUGUCUAUUGUACGUUGCAGGUGAUGCGAGCCUGGGGAGGAUACCAACCCUACCGCCCUUCUUUUAUGGACGUGAAAGCUUAAUGCUGCUCAGCUCAGACCAACGACAAGUUGUGGACACAUGACCUCAUCUACUUGGCAUGCAUGCCAACUUUAAGUACUCUCAAGGGCCAUUAAGUUUGAACCUACUGCCUUUCUUUCCACUUGAGAACUAUGUCCUUUUGCCUAGGUUCCUAGUGAGGGAGGUGAGUAGGUGUGGGUCCCUGCUGCCGACACACUUGCCCGUGAAGAUUUUGUGCACAGAGCAGCCUAGAGAGUUGCACGUUUGGAUCUGGAAAAGCUCUGGCUUGGCAUGGCAUUCCUAUUUCAUUUGAGAUGGAUAUAGGUGGAGGUUCUGAAGCUCCUGAAACUUCAGGUACUAUGAACUACAGUCCCGAAAGGCUCAGCUUUAUGAAAAACAAACAAAACCCAACUGACCUCUGCUUCCUUUUGUGACAGCAGUGUCAUAGCCGCAGCAGUUAUGACAUUACAGUGCAAUUGCUAAAUGCCAGCUAUCCUAAAUGUCUCCAUACAUAAUGAGUACAUCACUUGGUUGCUGGGUUCCCAUGACGUGCCCCUCUACAGAGGCAGGGAAAGUGAACAAGUUGCACAGCUAAUCUUUUGGUUUUUUUGGGGGGGGGUGUGUUAUAGUAUUAUCCUUCAUUUUACAGUUGGAAACGUGUGGUAAUGAACAUAUGCCCAACUGUGUAUCCAGGGGGAUGCAGUUUUGCUGGGAGCAUCAUGCAGGGAGCAGAGGGUUGGGGAACCUGUAGCUCUCCAGAAGUUGUUGGACUCCCAUCAUCCCCAGCCAGUUUGGCCCAGUGGUCAAUGGUGAUGGAAGUGGUACCCCAACAACCUUUGGAAGGUCACAGGUGCCUUCUUCCUAGUUAGUAUGUCAGUUAGAAGGGGCCUUAAUAUAUUUCUUCAACCAAGCGUUUUAAGUUGAGUUGGGUACUUCUUUCUACAAUGACGAUUUUGUAUCUGGGCACUUGUCUUUGUUUUGUAAAUAAAGUUCGCCUUGAACAGGAGCAUCUAUGGCAAAACUUCAAGCUUUUCCUGUAGCCUGUAAUGCUUUAUAACUUACCUUUAACCCAACUACAGCGGCUUAAGCAAGCGCUGGGGGCAAGAUACAUUGCUGGCCUUGCCGAAGCAGAAAACACAUUGCCAUUGGUUGGCCGCCAAGCUGGGAACUAGCUAUUGAACCUAACCUAUUGGCAUGAUUAAGAGCUUCACAGGUGACUUGAGCAAUACAUGUAUUUGAACUGUUUUCUUUGCCUUUGCUUUUCUCUUUCCCUUUCUCUUGUCCCAACAAACAGUGUUUCAAUCUUCAGCGUUCUCGCUAUCCACUAUGGUCUUCCUUGUAUGCAACCAGUACUAGAGAGCAAGGCUGGUGCUCUAUGACCCUGCAGUGCAAAUGUCUUGACACCUAAAGAUGCCUUUUUUGGUUCUAGAUAAUUUCUAGCUGUCAAGAGAAAAACAAAAAUGAAGUCUGUGGAUGUGGAAAUAAAGAGACUUUAAUUUGCACAUGACAAAUUGACUACUAGGGAACUUGUCAUAGCGCACGUUGCACCAGUUGCCUCCUUGUCAUUCUUAAGCACACACUUGGCUAAUUCACAUGUUGGUUAAACUGAUAUAACAGGUUUGGGGAUUGAGUUUACCUGGCC